GACCCACCCUUCAUUACCAGGAAAACUCUUCAAUAUCUUAAUUUACUCUAUAAAUAUGCCUCCAAUAUUAACAUUUCAGCUCACUCUUAAUUUACUCUCCCUCGUUUUCAUACAAAUUAAGGAAAUGGCUCUUCUGAGGAGACGACCAUCAAAUGGUUACUCAAAGAUCGACAAUGAAGACCCAGAAGAGAAAAAACAUCAGCUGGCGCAGUUCUUGAUCCAGAAAGUGCUUUUGCAGGCGGAUUCUCGAAGAAGAUCAUGGGUUUUGAGAAUCAGGAUUUGUAGGUUGAAGGUUAAGAUUGGGAGGAGAUUAAAGAAGCUGAGGAAGGUUUGCAUGUUGUUUGGCAUAUCUGCGGCAAGAGUCGGUGCACACAAACGAGUUAUCAGCCAUGUGAAAAAAUGGCAGCGCCUGUUUCACCGUGGAGAGACAGAGACCCUUGUUAGGCUGCCUUCUGUGUUCACUUGAUGAUGUUUUUUUUUUUUGUUG